CCUUGGAAAACCCCAUUUGCUAUUGUGCUCGUCCAAUAGCUGCAUGCCCUCGGCUCGUUAAGCGUUUGACUUGACGUUUCACGGUACUACUGCUUCCGUCUCCCUGUCUCCCUCUCCUCCCGCUGGCACCGAGGAGAUCCCCGUCCCGGCUCUGUCAUGACUCCUCAUCUGAUCACAGCCCAACAACAGCGAGGAUUGAAAUGACUGCUCGGACCUUCGGUCCACUUGACGCACAAUCGAGACGGGAUAAGCUCGGCUUUUGCGAAAAAGCGCAGUGAAAUCGGGAAAACAUGCAGGAGAAGCUGACCGAAACCCAGACUCCCACUUCAUCGAGGGCGUCGUCGUUUUUUAUCGAGAACCUACUGGGCAAGGAGCGGAACGGACAGGAACCCACGUCGGACAGCAGUCGAGGGGAAACUGGUGUGGAAACGGUCUCUGCUGUCCGAGUCCUUGACGCACAUCACGCCGACACGGGCGCUCCAGCGCCCCACGGCUCCAGCUCCACGGCCAGGUCUCCAUACAGAGACUCGUCAUUGCAGUGGUACCGCGGGGGGGCUGCCUUAAACUUCAGAGCUUUGGAGACACCACACAGUCCAAGGGAUAAUACAAGUUCAGAGGACCACUGCUGCUCCAUAACGACCAGUGACAGAGGUUCACCCGCCGUGUCUGAGUCGGUAACGGAGGGCAGCGAUGAGACCGACCGGAAAACAGGUGACAGCAACCUGACGGACGACAACGAGGACGCGCAGCACGCUUCUGACACACGGUCGGAGCAAGAAGCAUCGUCUGACUCGAGCUCCACUCGGAAAAAAAAGACCCGGACCGUGUUCAGCCGCAGUCAGGUGUUCCAGCUGGAGUCCACUUUUGAUGUGAAACGGUAUCUGAGCAGCUCGGAGAGAGCGGGACUGGCAGCGUCUCUCCACCUGACGGAGACUCAGGUCAAAAUCUGGUUUCAGAACCGGAGGAAUAAAUGGAAGAGACAGUUGGCGGCGGAUCUAGAGGUUGCUCACAUCCCAAACUCGACCCAGCGGAUUGUCAGGGUCCCCAUCCUGUAUCACGAGGGACCCGCACCCACCCCAGCGCUGGGUUUCAACUUGACGGGUCACCCAGUUUCUCCACCCGUUGCGGGCUUCUCUAGCUCCAUCAACUAUCCUCUGUCCUCGUUUGCUCACUCCAUGAGCAUGCUAAGGUCGCAGAUGACCGGCUUGGUGUAAAGACUGUUCAAGACUGAUACAUCAGACUGUUUGUUAACAACAUAAAUUCACCCUGUGAAUAUAGAAUCGUGCAAUAACCCACAAUGCCGCAGAAAACUGCUGACUGCAUCCAAAGAGCCGCAGAGUCCGUGAUUAUAACGCAAAGUAAUGAAUCGUUCUUCUAUUUCUGUUCAUAAGCCUCUACAAGAGUCUCUGCUCCUGUCACUGUAUAGACUAUAAUAACAAGCAUGACCAGGCCCGGGUAAUGGAGGCCGAAGGUGUUCAUGUACUGUAUGUUUGAAUACACACAUAUUUUUGCAAACUUUUAUAUUUAAAGCCACAGAUUUUUCCAACUUUGUCAC